UUUAUUUACAUACAUGCAUAUAUACUAGUGGAAAUUUAUUUAUGCUAAAUAUCUGAAACUUUACUAAUUAAAUGUGUUUGACGACCAAAAAACUCUUUGAAAAAGAAUCUAGCUACGUGAUAUUCGAUAUAUGAGGAAUCCUGAAACUUUGCUUGAUUAAAUUUUUAUGGUGGCACAUGGCAGGGUAGUUGUCGGCUUGAGAAUGGAUAAAAGCAUAUCUGACAAGGAUCAGGGAGCUCUUGUAGAAGGUUUUGAUUUUUGUUUGCCAGAGGUUUUGAUUCAUGGGUGGUUCUUCUGAGUUUGAGACAGAGUUGUACUUUGGACAGAUAUAUAAAAUACUGAUCUUCACUCCUUCCUUCCAAGCUAUUUUAAAACUCUAGAGGAUCAGAAUCUAAAGAUAUGAGAGAAUAGAAGACCCAGAUUAUCGUUGAGAUUCACUAUGAUGUUUGCGUAUGCCCCAGAGUUCAUCAUUGGCAAUAACGUUGUAAGGCUGGUGAAAGGGGAGAUGGAUUUCCUUAUCACAGAACUGAGUGACAUGUUUAACCUUUAAAUAAAAAAGUGAUCUAGAUCAGAGAAAGGCUGCAGUUCAUGGAAGAUAGUGGAAGGUUUGAUGAGAAGUCCUUUUCAAAUGGGGAUGUCUACAUAGGUAUGAUCAAGGGCAUAGUGCCUCAUGACAAGGGAAAGUACACAUGGUCAGAUGGAACGGUAUAUGAGGGCGAUUGGGAAGGCGAGAAAAUGACAGGAAAGGGACUGAUUGUGUGGUCAUCAGGAGCACAAUAUGAGGGUGAAAUCUCUGGAGGUUACCUACAUGGUUAUGGAACACUUACAACAUCUGCUGGGUGCAUUUAUAGAGGAGGAUGGAGGAUGAAUGCUCAGCAUGGGAUUGGACGGAAGCAGUAUUCCAAUUCUGAUGUUUUUGAGGGUUUAUGGAAAGAAGGAGUUCCUGAAGGGAGUGGCAGGUAUACUUGGAAUAAUGGAAAUAUGUAUGUUGGGAAUUGGAAAAACGGGAAAAUAUAUGGUCGAGGGGUUAUGAAGUGGGUUAAUGGUGAUACUUUUGAUGGUUUAUGGUUAAAUGGGCUUAUGCAUGGAACAGGAGUUUAUAGAUUUGGAGAUGGGGGCCUUUAUAUUGGGACAUGGAAUAAAGGCUUAAAGGAUGGAAAAGGAGUAUUCUAUCCUGCAGGUAGUAAACAUCCAUCCUUAAAAAAGUUGCAUAGCCCUCGUGAUAGUGAUCAUAACGGUUUCUUGUUGAAUGUAGAAAAACAAGAGGCUCCAAAAGCCAGAGUUAAGCGUAGCCUUUCUGAAAACAUGCCGGUCAUUAGUAGAUUCAAAAGUUUCCGUCAAAUAUCUCACAGGACUUCAUCAUUGAAAAUAAAUUUGAUCCGUAGUGAUUCUGCUCAAGAUUGUGUAUGUCAUGAUUCUUCUCUUACAUUAUCCAAUGCGUUGGAUGGAGAUCAAUCUGAGGCAUCGGGUGAAAGUACUUUGGUUUAUGAAAGGGAAUAUGUACAAGGAGUUCUAAUUAUGGAGAGAAUUUGUGAGUGCUCUGAGUCAUCACGUGAAAAGAAACAGCAAAAUAAGUUUAGUGUGAAGCAAGUAAAGAAGAGUUCAUGUUUGGACAUUUUUGAAGGCCGGCGAAGCUAUUAUCUUAAGCUUAAUUUGCAGCUUGGCAUCAGGUAUACCGUUGGCAAAAUUACACCAGUGCCUGCACGCGAAGUUCGAUCAUCUGAUUUUGGGGAUCGAGCAAGAAUAAGGAUGUACUUCCCAAGGGCUGGUUCAAAGCUUACUCCUCCGCAUAGUUCAAUAAACUUCUACUGGAAAGAUUAUUGCCCUAUGGUCUUCAGGAAUUUGAGAGAGAUGUUCAAGUUAGAUGCUGCAGAGUACAUGAUGUCCAUUUGUGGAGAUAGUGGUCUAAGGGACUUGUCUUCUCCCGGAAAAAGUGGCAGCAUUUUCUAUCUUUCUAAAGAUGAUAGAUUUGUGAUAAAGACUGUGAAUAAAUCUGAACUAAAGGUUCUGCUCAGUAUGCUUCCUAAAUAUUACCGUCAUGUAGGAGAUCAUGAAAAUACUCUUAUAACAAAAUUCUUCGGGCUCCAUCGGAUAACAUUAAGAGGUGGAAAAAAGGUGCGUUUUGUGGUCAUGGGGAAUGUGUUUUGCACAGAACUACAAAUCCACCGCCGAUAUGAUCUGAAAGGGUCUAAACAAGGAAGAUAUACAAACAAUGAUAAAAUCAAUUGCAACACAACAUUGAAAGAUCUUGAUCUAAAAUAUGAGUUUCACAUGGAUAAAAAAUUGCGAGAAUCCCUACUCAAGCAAAUUUCCCUAGAUUGCAAGUUCUUGGAGUCUCAGCAUAUAAUUGAUUACAGCCUUCUGUUGGGAUUACAUUUCCGAGCUCCAGAGAAUAUGAAGGCCUUCGUGGAACAUCAUGAAUCAGUGCAGCGUCAGGAGAGUUUACCUUCUGGAGAUGAAGGGCAGCUCUUGAUUCUUCCUAAAGGCUUGCUGUUAGUUUCCCAUGAACCGAGUAUAGUCAACACGGCUCCUGGACCCCACAUUAGAGGGAACACAUUGAGAGCAUACUCCAUGGGUGAUAAUGAAGUUGAUCUUCUACUUCCCGGUAUUGCAAGGUUGCGGGUGCAGCUUGGAGUAAACAUGCCAGCUCAAGCUACUCGCAGGCUUCAGGAGGAUAAGGAUAAGGUGGAGGCAAAAGAAGUAGAGCUUUUUGAGGUAUAUGAUGUUGUCCUCUACAUGGGCGUAAUUGAUAUAUUGCAGAACUAUAAUCUGAGAAAGAAAAUUGAGCAUGCAUACAAAUCGCUGCAAUUUGACCCUAUGACAAUAUCAGUAGUUGAACCCAAGAUUUAUGAUGAACGUUUCAUCAAAUUUUUAGAGGAAAAAGUUUUCCCCAAGACCCCCUGAUUUUAUUUUUCUCCCGUACGUCACUUCUUGGCUUAAUCCUUCUAUGUAAUUAUUUGUUUCAAAUCAAAGGAAGAUUGUUUUUUUUACA